AUGCCAGCGGCUAACCCGAAUCCAUUCCAAUUCCCCAACCACCAAAUUCAGGAAAUGGCUUCCGGAUCGUAUGACGUGCAGAAGAAGCGCACCUCCCGAAUAUGCCCCACUAUGAAGACUUUCUGCCUGUUUUUACUAGCCAUCCUCAUCGCGAUCGUCAUCUCAUUUUGCGCUCUAUACUAUGCUCAACUAAUCAAGUGGAGCACGCAAGCCUGGGACGACUUCAAGGAUACCGCCAAUGGAACAGCUAAGGGCCGCCGCCUCAAAUUUCUCUACACCCGUAAUACCGUAGACCAUGAGCUACCGUACGCCUAUUCGACGGAUUUCCAGAAAAAGUUAGGGAUGACGUAUGAGAAAGCCUGGAAAAAGUGCACGACAGUGGAGACAUACGAAGAUAACUUUUGCCGCUGGGUCACUUACUACGAACAAUAUGAAAAG